AUGCAUCCCCCCACAGACCCGGAGAGCCAAUACACAUCGUCGACACUCCCCGCCAAGCCCAAGCACCUGAGUGUCAUGGCCUCCAAUCCCGAAGACCUCGUCCCCGCCGCCGACAAGCUGCUCAUCUUCCGCACACUCACCGGUAUCGACACGGUGCCCUUGGUGUCUUCUGGCCACACGGCACGAACAGCGGCGAACAUUGGCAUCUACACACGCGUGGUGCGCCACGAGCGUACAGCCAAGAAGAUGUACAGGGUGGUGAAACUGCUCGCCUCGCUCUGUCUCGGCCUUCAGAUUCUGUUUGGCGCCGCCGUCACGGCACUGGGCGCGGCAGGGGGUUCAUACAACGGCAUCACCGGGCUAGGUGCGUGCUCUACCGUGACCGCGAGCAUCGUCGCAUACAUCAAGGGCAGUGGCCAGCCAGACAAGCUCAAGCACGCCGAGACCCGCUGGCGGUCCGUCCGUGAAUACAUUGAGCAGAGGGAGCGGGAGCUGUGUCUCUUGGAUUGUGGACUGGACGUCUAUCGCGAGGUCAUGAUUGUGGAGGAGAUGUACCAGACGGUCAAGGAGGAACUUGCCGCCAAGGGCCCG